UGAAAAUGCGAAAUCGAUAUGUGCUGCUGAAAUAUCGAUGCCUUGGACGCGAAACCUUGGGCCGUCUUGGAAGGAACCAUGGAGCCAAACUCACUCUUCACAAGCCGUGCGGGACACCCACAUCUCUACACGUACCGGUAUAAAAUCGAACGCCAUCGAUGAUUUCACCGGAAAAACCAGGACUCUGGACACAUCUCAAUCGGCAUGAAUUCCGCCGAGGACGGCGUGCCAAAGCGCCCGUCCGGCAGCGCUCGGUUCGACCGACUGUUGUCUGGUCUUGCCGCCGGCGCCCUGACGGACAUAGAUCCUGACAAGCUCAAGGGCGAUAUCCAGCGAUGGGCCAAGGCGGUCGCGGCGCUGGUGCGCCAAGUGAGCUUCGGCGCCUGGCCGGAGAGGAGCAACGGCUCGUCGGAGCACGAGAAAGCAGGCGGCUAAAGAUAACUCAAUUGACCUGGACAGCUCAUGGCACUUCACAUGCAUCAUCAAUCCAGGAAUGACACUGCUAUGACUGGCAACCGCGUACGAGCGAUGGCCAACAAGAUGAAGAUACACACGGUUUAUUUAAUUCGUUUAUUCGUUCGUUCUAUUUAUGGGCAACGCAGGCUGUUGUAUGUAUUCUGAUGAUCCCAGCCUCUCACAAACCUCUACCAAACAGAAUGAAAGCUGGGCUGCAAAGAUCGUAACUGUAAUUGUGAAUAGCAAUAAACAGCAGCCCGCAUGCUUUCCUCUGCAAA